CUGACACUCAAGGGUGCGCUAUUAUGGAUGCUCCUCGAAAUCCCAAUAAAAGAAUUUUCCGUUAGCAAUACUUAUCAACCACUGUCAGUGUUUGAGAUGGAGUCGAAUCGCAGAGACAGACCAGCGUCACUGAAAUUUUAAGGUAACAGCAAUGGAAUCUUCAAACAGAUAACUCAGAAUAAACAAAUCAUAUCAAUUAUUGGGCUUCAAAAAAAUCUACACAGAUUCGUUUUCUGCUUUAAAAAUUCCCAAACAAAAAAUCGAAGAUGACUGAUAAGAAUAAGAAACUUUCUCGAUGGUACUUUGGGGGUUUAGCAUCGGCUGGUGCUGCAUGUGUCACUCAUCCUCUUGACUUGCUGAAGGUUCUUUUGCAAACACAACAAGAAGGGAAACUAUCAAUGUCAAAACUCGUUGUACGGGUGGUGAAGAAACAAGGUGUUCUUGCAUUAUAUAAUGGACUUUCAGCUUCUCUUCUUCGGCAAUUAACAUACUCAACAACUCGAUUUGCAUUCUAUGAGGUUGGAAAACAAAAUUUUGAAUCUCCUGGGCAAAAUAUGCCAUUUUAUCAAAAGUUAGUACUGGCUGGAGUAUCCGGUGCCGCUGGCGGUGUCGUUGGAACGCCCGGAGAUUUAAUUAAUGUACGAAUGCAAAACGAUGUCAAAAUUGCACCUGAACUAAGAAGAAAUUAUAAGCACGCUCUUGAUGGUUUGGUUCGUGUUUGGAGGGAAGAAGGUUUCUUAAGACUUUUUAAUGGCUGUUCAACUGCCACGGGACGAGCGGUACUUAUGACUAUCGGACAAUUAAGUUUUUAUGAUCAAAUUAAAAUAAUUCUCUUACAAAGUCAGAUGUUUGAAGAUAAUCCAACAACGCAUUUUCUCUCCAGUUUGUUCGCAGGAGCUAUUGCAACAACUUUAACACAACCUUUAGAUGUACUUAAAACACGUGCAAUGAAUGCUAAACCUGGAGAAUUUAAGAGUAUGGGACAACUGAUUCUCUACACUGCCAAAUUAGGUCCACUAGGUUUCUUCAAGGGUUACGUACCUGCGUUUGUGCGUCUAGCACCACAGACAAUUUUAACAUUUGUUUUCUUGGAGCAACUUAGAACAAAUUUCGGUUUUCUGCCACAAAGCAUAAAAUCGACUUAAAAAUGGAAUUUUUUUCAAAAUUUGCCAUUUUUUAUUAAGUACAGGACAAUUUUUAUGGAUAAUCUCUAGGGAAAAAAUUAUUCUUCAUAACUAGCAAAUAUGUAUCAUGUUUGAUGUGACUUUAUCAAAAGCAUUUAUUCUCCUGAAUUUGGAGUAAUAUUUUAGAUGAAAUGAAAUAAGUUAUUAUUGUUAUUAAUGUUUAAUAGUGAAAUGCUGCGCGACUGCUAUAUGUGUGACAAUAUUGUUAAGGAUAAUCAGGAGAAAUUCCACUCUUAUACAUUCCAUGAAAUUUAACUCUGUGAAAUGAGUACAUAUUUACGUUCGCAGGGGGAAAUUUGUUUUUUAAUGUUUAGAUAGAAAAAAGAAUAUUUUCCGUUUAUACAAUGACUGAAACUAUAUUUUAAAAAUUUUUAAUUUUUAAUUUUAUCUCUGUUCAAAUAGUAUUUAUUACACGCACAAGUUUACUUUAUGUCAUUUUACAAUUAUAUCACAGAACAAAAAAUGUCCAUUAUAUUUUUUUUGCUUAAUGUCUAAGGAAAUAUUUAAAAGAUAAAGCUGUGCUUAUAUCGAAUAGAAGUUAAUGUUUAAAGGAAACUUGCAGUACAAAACACAAUAACACAAUGAAAAAAGAAAGCUUAUAACGAAAAAGUUAAUACAAAAUUAAGUAAUUUCUUGUAAUUAUAUUUUUAUGCGAUUGUUAUUCUAUAAAGCAUAUUCGAAUAUUUUAUCACAUUUACAUUUAUAUCUACAUUUUUUUAUUGUUUAUCAAUAGUGACUAUUUACAAAAAGUAAAAACGCAAGGAAUGUGUCAAAAUGUAAAUUUCUUUAUUUUUUUGUCAUAUAAAAUAUUUUUAAGAUGAAGAAAAUUUAUAAAAAUACAAUAAAUGCUUUUAUGUCAGUCUUGACGAUUCAAAUAAAGAAA